GAGUUUUUACCAUCUCCGCAAUUAUAAUUUUCUCUUUUAUCAGUUUUCACUCGCCGUCCGUAAUCGAGCCACCGCCCCCACGUUCAUCCCAUCACAGCUGUCUUCUCGCCGGAAAUUCGUUCGCCGUCGCCGCCCUCUUCGCCUCCGGCGCCGCAUCUCACCUCUCUACAUCUUACUCUCAGUGUUCGUCGGCCCGACGAAGCUAGUAUCGGGGUUUUAGAGUAUGGCAUCGGAAAAUGGAGGCAGCACAGAUGUACUGAUGCUGGAGGCGCCGCCUCAGUCGGCCGUGGCUCCUCAAGCUGAAAUUAUAGAUGCUCUGCCUUACAUUGAUGACGACUAUGGAAACCCAGUGGUCAAAGAGGAGGUUGACCGAUUGAUUGAAGAGGAGAUGCGCCUCAGCUCAAAGAAGCCUUCUGAUUUUCUCAAAGAUCUUCCCCCUCUGCCCAAAUCCAAUUUUCAGGAUCAUCCGAUGCUUGCUAGGGAAUACGAGAGGGUUAGAGCUGGGAAACCUCCAGCACCUAUAGAUACAUCCAGAUAUGGACUUGAAUUGCCGCCUUUGAACAGGCGUAAUGAUGAGACUGCUUGGCGGCAGGCCCUCCAGAAAGCCCAGCGUUUAUUGCAGCAUCAAGUCAUCAGGCUUGAAAAUCUAGAGUUGAUAUCGAAGCACGGCCCUGAGGUUUGGAAGUUGUAUAAUCAGCAGCUGGAGGCAUUUUCAUCGAGAAUGCAAGCCCAAGUUCUGGAGCUUUAUAGACAGAUCGAAUCCGUAAAUCGAGAGAGGAAGUAUCACCAGCAAAAUACUGCCUACGAGCUCAAUGCUUUAUCUACACAAUGGAGGGAGCUUUGUUUGAAAAACAUUGAAAUCCAAGCCGCAUGUGCUCAAAUUGAAACUUCUAUUAAAGAGCUAAAGAGUGAAGCUGCUGAAAGGGGCUGGAAUUUGGAUGAUAAUAUUGAGAAUGGUCCUAUUACUGCCGCUGAAAAAUGAGGUACCAAAAAGAUUGAUGGCAUUUCUAUUAAUCAAAAUUCAAGUGGACUUGUUAUUCAUCCUAUGAUCCUUGCACCAAAAUGCCCUACCAACUAAUUACUAAAAGAGGAAAAAAUUGAACUUUUGUGAAGACCUAGAAUUUAUGGUACUGCUCUAUUGGAAUUUUGUAUUGAUGUAUUAUCUUUAUCUUGGUUUGUAAAUGAGCAAAGUAGAGUUCGGGCUACCUGAAUUCUCGUAGCUGCUAAGUAUGGAAUUCAGUAAGGGUUUGCUCAUUAUGCUUUAUUUGUCAUUUCGUGUUUUAAAAAGUAUUUUCAUAUUAGUUCGAAAUGCCCGUGGACAUUGCGCUUGGAUCGGCUUUUGAAAAGUUUCAGAGCGAUUUGUGUAAAAUCAGUUCAAUUUUUUUGGCCUUAUUACUGUUUUCAGGUAAGUAGACAUAAAAAGCCCGCUAAUUUCCCUUGGUGUAUGCUUACAUUUGCUUUGUGGGUGAGAGUUAGGUCUUUGAAGAUAAUUCUGCACCACAGAUUAUUACAGGUUUAACACAGAUUUGGAUCAUGCCAGUUGCCGCCGUCAUGUUCAUCACGUUGCAAAGAGAGCAAGGUAUAUUGUUUAUUCAUAAAUUCUUUUGUUAGGCGGCUUAAUCGUUAGACAAAUCAAC